GGCAUGAGCGAGCGAGCACGCCUGGCUGUGUGUGCGACCCGUGUGUGCGGUGGGGGGGAGUGAGGGCUCGGGGCAGUGCGCGGGGAGGGCCGCGGGCCCGGGCGUGCACUGUGCACGCGUGCGCACAGAGGCAGGUGUGUCUGUGCGUGUGCUGGGAGUGCCACGCGCAGGCGGGGGGUGUGCAGGGCUGGGGGCCGACAAGCUGUGAUGCAUGCCCGCGCAUCUACCUGAGCACUCAGGAGCCGGGCAUCGCGCUGGACGCGGACGGGAACGCGACCGAUGUGGCCACUGCGCCCCAGCCAUAGCACGCCAUCGUGGGCCAAGGACAGCCACUGACCAGAAGUUUCCACGUCUGCUACAACAAGAUGUUUGUUGCCACCUCAUCUCUUACGGUUUAAGCGACAGACUCCCUCGCAUGGCUGGGGACCCUGAUGACAAAUCCCUCAGCGAUCCGUGGGGGCACUUGUUUCUCCAGAAUGAGACUGGGCCGACGGGGUGCUGCCAGGCCUGGACGUGUCCGUGCCGCCCCUUGCUGUUGCUGAGCAGACCCCACGCCGGGCAGGGCCAGGAGUCACGGGCCCCCCACCCAGCGUCCAUCGGAGGGGAGCCUUCAGCUGUGCCCAUCGGCCUGUAGGAAGGUUCUGGAAGAGCUGGUGGCCAUCCCCGGAGAGGUUCAUGGGCAACAGCAGGGGCUCCCCGGAGUGGCCAGGCCCGCCAUGCUGCAGUACAGGCCGGCCCAGGAGUUCAGCUUCGGCCCACGGGCCCUGAAGGAGGCGCUGGUCUCCGCCGACCCGGCCCUGCAGCAGCUCUACGCGUCCACCUUCAGCCCCGCUGAGAGGCUUUUCCUGGCUGAGGCCUACAACCCCCAGAGGACCCUCUUCUGCACGCUGGUCAUCCGCACGGCCUUCGACUGGCUCCUCAGCCGCCCCGAGGCCCCCGAGGACUUCCAGACCUUCCACGCCUCCCUGCCGCCCCGGAGGCAGAGCCCUGCCCGCAAGCACAUCUACCUGCAGCCCAUAGAUCUGAGUGAGGGGCCGGCGGGUGGCGCUCUGUUGGAGCACCUGAGGAACUGCACGGAGGCCUUUUUCUUGGGCUUGCAGGUCAGGUGCCUGCCCUCGGUGGCGGCCACGUCCAUCCACUGCUCCUCGCGUCCCAGCCAGGACUCGGACAGGCGCCAGCUCCACACAGACGGCAUCCUGUCUUUCCUGAAGGACAGUAAGCCGGGUGACGCGCUGUGCGUGCUGGGCCUCACGCUGUCCGACCUGUACCCGUGCGAGGCCUGGAGCUUCACCUUUGGCAAGUUCCUUCCAGGACACGAAGUGGGGGUCUGCAGCUUUGCCCGGUUCUCGGGGGAUCUCCUGCCGUCGAGGCCCAGUGCCUCUGACCCAGCCCCGGUGGAGGUGGCUGCAGAUGGCCCCAAGACUCCCGUGCAGGACAGUGGCCAGACCAUGUGCUUCAGCGCCCUGGGGAUGGUCCAGUGCUGCAAGGUCACAUGCCACGAGCUCUGCCACCUCCUGGGCCUGGGGAACUGUCGCUGGCUGUGCUGCCUCAUGCAGGGGGCGCUCAGCCUGGACGAGGCCCUGCGGCGGCCCCUGGACCUCUGUCCCAUCUGCCUGCGGAAGCUGCAGCACCUGCUGGGCUUCAAGCUUGUCGAGAGGUACAAGAGACUUUACGCCUGGACUCAAGCCGGGAUGCAGACGCGGCCCAGCCCGGACACAGGGGCGUCGUCGGUGGCAGAGGACACCCUGCCCAGCAGCGCGGACUCGGGCCUGAGCUGCGGGAGCGUGUCGGAGCCAGGCAGCAGCCUGUCAGAGCCCCUUACCCCUGACGCGUGGAGCCACAGCUUCUCCGUGGGGCCGGAGCUGGAGCCCGAGGAGGGGCUAGGCUCGCUAGCCGUCCCCGAGAGCCUGCCGCAGCUCGGACCCCCGCCGGAGGCCAUUGAAGAGCAUGGGCGGUGGCUGGCACUGUGCAUCCAGGCCCUGGAGCGCGAGGUGACGGAAGAGGAGCUGGCGCAGGUGGACGGGGCCGUGGACGCCCUGGCCGGGUGGGAGAUGUUCACAGGGCGGCUCCCAGCCAUCAGGCCAGACCUGCCCUGUGGCCGGGACGGCAUGGGGCUGCGCAGGGUCCUGGGGGGCACGUUCUCCUCACUGAGGAGGAGGCUGAGCGCACGCAAACUGUCUAAGGCGGGAUCGUCCCCUUGUCGCUGGAGGGCGGAGGAGAAUUAA